AUGCACACCACUCCGAAAAUUGCUAGAGCGGCAUGUACGGCCUCAUGUAUAGUACAGAACUGUCCUAGUGGUAAUUGCGUGGUUAGCAGAGGAAGAAAGACAUGUGUAUGUUCACGCUGCGUUGCCAUGGCUCACUGGUUUCACCGUAACCCAAUGAAACCUACCGAGCAGGUGAAAUUCGAGUUGAAGAGAAUGCUUACUUCUGAAGCAUCGGGCAAGAUAUGCGGCGAACUUCGAUUACGUCGAGAGAAGCUUCUCCAGUUGUUCAGAAAUGCUGGUAAUGAUUUAGCGGAAGUCGACAAAGAGUUCAAUGAGUAUUUGCGUCUUUUUGCUGGUUUUCUUGUUGAUAUUGGAGCUAGUGGUGCCGGAGACGAUCCAUCGAAGAAGAAUAGCAAGCUCGUUCCUGUUCUAAGAUAUCAAUGGGGACAUUCCAUGCUGGGAACAGCAUCAACGGAGCUGUCGGAUUCUUGGUUUGAGGCACUGAAUAUAAUCGAAUGUAUGGCAAUGUGGUUGUCUAAACAUGCUGCGUGGGUAGCAGGCAAAGAUGAGGUACGAGAAUUCGAAGCAAAAGAGUGCCUGUCCUGUCUGCGUCGUUCUGCCGGGAUGUUUGCUUUCGUUGGGUCCAAUAUAGGUAGACUCAGUGGAACAGGAGACAUUGAAGGUGCCGACUUCGAUUCUAAGGUUGUUCGUGCUUACGAAAUGCAGGCAAUCGCCGAGUCACAAGAAGUGGUUGUUGCGCGAGCAAUUGAGAUGAAGCAUAAUCCAGCGCUCAUUUCAUCCCUUGCAGCUCAUACUGCAAGUCUUUUUGCAAAAGCAGGUGAGCAGCUAACGACGUUCAAAGAUGAAGUAUUCGGGAGAUGGAAACGCUAUCUUCAACUGAAGCAGCACUUUUAUCUUGCUUACGGAUACGCAUUCCUUGGUGAGGCGCUUCUCAAAGAGGACAAAUGCGGUGAAGCUGUCAGAGCUUGCAAAGAAGGAGUUGCUGAGUUUGAAAUUGCCAAAGAUUUUGCAUCCAAAUACAGUACAGCGACUGGACCAGGAACAAGAAUCAAACCUGAAGAACAUCUCUUCUUUCGAAGAAUCAAACCGUUAUUGCUGCGCCACUUGGAGAAAGCUGAACGAGAGAAUGGUUUUAUUUACCAUCAGCAGGUGCCCGAUGAAUGCCCCAAACUUGAGUCAGAUCCAAAUUAUGGCGUCGCCAAGCCAGAACCUUUCGAAUAUCCCACACCUGCAGAGAUCUGGACACCUGCUGUAUAUGCAUCAUUUAAUCUUUCGAAAGUAUCAAUGCCAGACUUUUCCAAAAUCUUCAAAGGUAAGAAGGAGCUUAAGGUAGUGGACGAAGAGAAGAUCUACCAAACUGAGAAAGAUCCGAAUAACUUCAGUGGAUGUGUUAUUUCUUAA